ACGACGACGAGGAGCUCUCGGAGACCGAGACGCCCAAAGUGAAGAAGAAGAAGAAGGCCAAGAAGAGCCGCGAGAGCAAGAGCAGCAAGCGCCGGUCGCGCCGUGAGGAGCUAGCCAUCAGCUCCCCGGAGCCCAUGGAGGUGGCGGGGGGGCGCGGCGAGGAGGGCCCCGAGGGCGAGGCCGCCGCCCAGCGCUCGGACAGCGAGGGCAGCAGCUACACGCCCGGACGCAAGAAGAAGAAGAGGGGCAGCAGCGGUAAGGAGAAGAAGAGGAGCAGCACGGGGGGCUCCUCCUCCUCCAAGAGGAAGGACCCCGAGCCAGAGCCUGAGGAGGAGGAGGAUGACGACGACGACGACGACAGCUCGGAGCCCAAGACGUCGUCCCAGCUGCUGGACGACUGGGGCAUGGAGGACAUCGACCACCUGUUCAGUGAGGAGGACUACCGCUCCCUCACCAACUACAAGGCCUUCAGCCAGUUCGUCAGGCCGCUCAUCGCCGCUAAGAACCCUAAGAUCGCCGUGUCUAAGAUGAUGAUGGUCCUGGGGGCCAAGUGGCGCGAGUUCAGCACCAACAACCCCCUGAGGGGCGCCGCCGCCGCCAACGCCGCGCUGGCCACCGCCAGCGUGCCCGCCGCCGUGGACACCAUGGUGUCGGAGGCCGCGCCCCCCUCGCCGCCGCCGCCGCCGCCACCGCCCCCGCCCCCCGUCGAGCCCACACCCGCGCCCGUGGUCCCGCUCCGCAAGGCCAAGACCAAGGAGGGCAAAGGUCCCAACGCCCGCAAGAAGUCCAAGCCCACCGCCAAGCCCGCCGAGAAGAAGAACGUGGCCAAGACCAAGAAGGUGGCCCCCCUCAAGAUCAAGCUGGGGGGCUUCAACAGCAAGAGGAAGAGGUCCUCGAGCGAGGAGGAGGAGCCUGACGUGGAGAGCGACUUCGAUGAGACCAGUAUGAACAGCGUGUCGGAAGGCUCCAGCAGCCGCACCUCGCGCUCCAAGAAGAAGACCCCCAAGAGCAAACCGAAGAAGAAGAAAGAAGCGGAGGAGGGCGACGGCUACGAGACGGACCACCAGGACUACUGCGAGGUGUGCCAGCAGGGCGGCGAGAUCAUCCUGUGUGACACGUGUCCCCGGGCGUACCACAUGGUCUGCCUGGACCCCGACAUGGAGAAGGCCCCCGAGGGAACCUGGAGCUGCCCGCACUGCGAGAAGGAAGGCAUCCAGUGGGAGGCGCGGGAGAACCCGUCAGAGGGCGAGGAGGAGGUGGAGGCGGAGGUGGAGGUGGGGGAGGCGGAGGAGGACGACCACCACAUGGAGUUCUGCCGGGUGUGUAAGGACGGCGGGGAGCUGCUGUGCUGCGACUCCUGCCCCUCGUCCUACCACAUCCACUGCCUCAACCCCCCGCUGCCGGAGAUCCCCAACGGAGAGUGGAUCUGCCCCCGCUGCACGUGUCCGGCCAUGAAGGGCAAGGUGCAGAAGAUCCUCACGUGGCGCUGGAGCGACCCCCCUCCCCCCACGCCAGUGCCCCGCCCCCCCGACCUGGCGGCCGAUGCCCCCGACCCCGCACCCCUCGCCGGGCGCCCUGACCGGGAGUUCUUCGCCAAAUGGUCCAACAUGUCCUACUGGCACUGCUCCUGGGUCUCCGAGCUGCAGCUGGAGCUGCACUGCCAGGUGAUGUUCAGGAACUACCAGAGGAAGAACGACAUGGACGACCCCCCGCCCAUCGACGCCGGCGGAGAGGGGGAGGAGGAGAAGAGCUCCAAGAGGAAGAAGAAGGACCCCCUGUACGCCCAGAUGGAGGAGAAGUACUACCGCUUCGGCAUCAAGAUGGAGUGGCUGAUGGUGCACCGGAUCCUCAACCACAGUGUGGACAGGAAGAACAACGUGCACUACCUGAUCAAGUGGCGUGACCUGACGUACGACCAGGCCACCUGGGAGUCGGAGGACAUGGACGUCUCUGAGUACGACGUCUACAAAGUGCAGUACUGGAACCACAGAGAGCUGAUGAUGGGAGACGAGGGCCGACCAGGGAAGAAGAUCAAGCUGAAGGGGAAGCCGAAGCGCGUGGACCGGCCCCCGGAUAACCCUGUGGUCGACCCCACCAUAAAGUUUGAGCGGCAGCCGGACUACCUGGACAGCACGGGGGGGAACCUGCACCCCUACCAGCUGGAGGGGCUGAACUGGCUCAGGUUCUCCUGGGCCCAGGGCACCGACACCAUCCUGGCCGACGAGAUGGGCCUGGGCAAGACGGUCCAGACCGCCGUCUUCCUCUACUCCCUCUACAAAGAGGGCCACUCCAAGGGGCCCUUCCUGGUGAGCGCCCCCCUCUCCACCAUCAUCAACUGGGAGCGGGAGUUUGAGAUGUGGGCGCCGGACAUGUACGUGGUGACCUACGUGGGGGACAAGGACAGCCGCGCCGUCAUCAGGGAGAACGAGUUCUCCUUCGAGGACAACGCCAUCCGUGGCGGCAAGAAGGCCUCCAAGAUGAAGAAAGACUCGACGGUGAAGUUCCACGUGCUGCUGACGUCCUACGAGCUGAUCACCAUCGACACGGCGGUGCUGGGCUCCAUCGACUGGGCCUGCCUGGUGGUGGACGAGGCCCACCGGCUGAAGAACAACCAGUCCAAGUUCUUCCGGAUCCUGAACAACUACCCCCUGCAGCACAAGCUUCUCCUCACGGGGACUCCUCUGCAGAACAACCUGGAGGAGCUGUUCCACCUGCUCAACUUCCUCACGCCCGAGAGAUUCAGCAACCUGGAGGGCUUCCUGGAGGAGUUUGCGGACAUCGCCAAGGAGGACCAGAUCAAGAAGCUCCACGACAUGCUGGGGCCCCACAUGCUGCGGCGGCUGAAGGCCGACGUCUUCAAACACAUGCCCUCCAAGACGGAGCUCAUCGUCAGGGUGGAGCUCAGCCCCAUGCAGAAGAAAUACUACAAGUUCAUCCUGACCAGGAACUUCGACGCCCUGAACACCCGCGGGGGCGGGAACCAGGUGUCCCUCCUCAACGUGGUCAUGGACCUCAAGAAGUGCUGCAACCACCCCUACCUCUUCCCCGUCGCCGCAAUGGAAGCUCCAAAGUUGCCCAAUGGGAUGUACGAUGGUGGCUCGCUCACAAAGGCUGCUGGGAAACUCACGCUGCUGCAGAAGAUGAUGAGGAAGCUGAAGGACAACGGCCACAGAGUGCUCAUCUUCUCCCAGAUGACCAAGAUGCUGGACCUGCUGGAGGACUUCCUGGAGAACGAGGGCUACAAGUACGAAAGGAUCGACGGGGGCAUCACCGGGGGCAUGAGGCAGGAGGCCAUCGACCGCUUCAACGCCCCUGGAGCCCCCCAGUUUGCCUUCCUGCUGUCCACCCGGGCGGGCGGUCUGGGCAUCAACCUGGCCACGGCCGACACCGUGGUCAUCUACGACUCUGACUGGAACCCCCACAACGACAUCCAGGCGUUCAGCCGAGCUCACCGCAUCGGGCAGAACAAGAAGGUGAUGAUCUACCGCUUCGUCACCAAGGCCUCUGUGGAGGAGAGGAUCACUCAGGUGGCUAAGAAGAAGAUGAUGCUGACCCAUCUGGUGGUGCGGCCUGGCCUAGGCUCAAAGACGGGCUCCAUGUCCAAGCAGGAGCUGGACGACAUCCUCAAGUUCGGCACGGAGGAGCUCUUCAAGGACGAGAUCGCCUCGAUGGCAGGCAAGCAUGGCGGCGUGGACAGGGAGGAGGACAGCAGUGUGAUCCACUACGACGAUAAGGCCAUCGACCGCCUGCUGGACCGCAACCAGAGCGCCACGGAGGACACGGAGGUCCAGAGCAUGAACGAGUACCUGAGCUCCUUCAAGGUGGCGCAGUACGUGGUGAAGGACGAGGACGAGGCGGAGGAGGAGGUGCAGAGGGAGAUCAUCAAGCAGGAGGAGAGCGUGGACCCGGACUACUGGGAGAAGCUGCUGCGCCACCACUACGAGCAGCAGCAGGAGGACCUGGCCCGCAACCUGGGCAAGGGCAAGAGGAUCCGCAAGCAGGUCAACUACAACGACGGCUCCCAGGAGGACCGAGGUGGGAACCGCAGACACACACCGGAUUGGCAGGACGACCAGUCGGACGGCCAAUCAGAUUACUCCGUGGCGUCGGAGGAAGGAGACGAGGACUUUGAUGAGCGGACAGAAGCCAACUCCCGCAGGCCGAACAGGAAGGGCCUGAGGGGCGAUAAAGACAAACCACUGCCCCCCCUGCUGGCCAGGGUGGGCGGCAACAUCGAGGUGCUGGGCUUCAACUCGCGGCAGCGGAAGGCGUUCCUGAACGCGGUGAUGCGCUACGGCAUGCCCCCCCAGGACGCCUUCACCACCCAGUGGCUCGUACGCGACCUCAGGGGCAAGUCUGAGAAGGAGUUCAAGGCGUACGUCUCUCUGUUCAUGAGGCAUCUCUGCGAACCAGGCGCCGACGGGGCCGAGACCUUCGCCGACGGCGUUCCCCGGGAAGGGUUGUCACGGCAACACGUCCUCACACGCAUCGGCGUCAUGUCGCUCAUCCGCAAGAAGGUCCAGGAGUUUGAGCACGUGAACGGCCAGUGGUCGAUGCCCUGGAUGGCGGAGCUGGAGGAGAACAAGAGGGCCGCCGCCGCGGCCGCCGCCCUGCCCGACUCCCCCGGGAAGACCCCCUCCACCGGGACCCCCGCCGACACGCAGCCCAACACCCCCGCCACAGUCGACGAAUCCAAAUCGGACGAAGCUGGCAAGGAGGGAGAAAAGGAGGUGAAGAAGGAGACGGAGGGAGAGAAGGAGGUGAAGAAGGAGACGGAGGGAGAGAAGGAGCGGAAGGAGUCGAGCAAAACAGACGAGGUGAUCUCCAUCCCUGACGACGAGGAGAAGACUCCGCCCUCAGCGGCCCGGGAGGAGAAGGACGAGGAGGAGAACGGCGAGGAGCCCAUGGAGACGGACAAGCUCAACGGAGAGGUGGUGGCGGAGGAGAGCGAGGAGAAGAAGGACGAAGAGGUGGAGGAGGAGAUGGGGGAGAAGAAGAAGAAGGAGGAGGAGAAGGAUGUCUCGGGGAAGGCCGUGGAGGCGGGAGAGAAGGAGAAGGGCCCUGAGGCCGCGACGGAGGAGGGGUCAGAGGUUAAGGCCGACGAGCCCGAGGUCAAAGCUGAGGACAAGAAGGAGGACAAGGUGGAGAAGAUGGACACGACUCCUGCAGCAGAAGACAAGAAAGAAGACAAGGAUGUGGAGGAGGUGGUGAAGGUGGAGGAGGGGCCAAAGCUGCAGAACGGGGACAGCAGUAAGGAGGGCGGGGCCACAGGGGGCGUGGCUGCAGUGGGCGGAGCUACAGGGGGCGUGGUCUCUGUGAUCUCAGAGGAGAAGAAGAAGGCCAAGACCCGGUUCAUGUUCAACAUCGCCGACGGAGGCUUCACAGAGCUGCACUCCCUGUGGCAGAACGAGGAGCGUGCUGCCACGGUAACCAAGAAGACCAACGAGAUCUGGCACCGUCGCCACGACUACUGGCUGCUGGCCGGCAUCAUACAACACGGCUACGCGCGCUGGCAGGACAUCCAGAACGACGUCCGCUACGCCAUCCUCAACGAGCCCUUCAAGGGCGAGAUCAACCGCGGCAACUUCCUGGAGAUCAAGAACAAGUUCCUGGCCCGGCGCUUCAAGCUGCUGGAGCAGGCCCUGGUGAUCGAGGAGCAGCUGCGCCGGGCGGCCUACCUCAACAUGUCGGAGGACCCCUCCCACCCGUCCAUGGCGCUGAACACACGCUUCAGCGAGGUGGAGUGUCUGGCCGAGUCCCACCAGCACCUCAGCAAGGAGUCCAUGUCCGGGAACAAGCCCGCCAACGCAGUGCUGCACAAAGUGCUGAAGCAGCUGGAGGAGCUGCUGAGUGACAUGAAGGCGGACGUGACGCGCCUCCCGGCGACCAUCGCCCGCAUCCCGCCCGUCGCCGUGCGGCUGCAGAUGUCAGAGAGGAACAUCCUGAGUCGACUGGCCAGCAGGGCGCCGGAGACACACCCCCCGGCCCCGCCCCCGACGCACACACAGCCUCAGAUGUCUCAACAGUAGCCUACUGUUUGCCCCGCCCUCACCUCGUUAGACCCCGCCCUCCUUGCCUCAACAUUCCUUAUUGGUGCACAGCGAAUGAUGGACAGCUCGCCGCUGACCCCACAGACACGUCCUGUUCAACUUGGAUUUUUUUACUAUCGUUUUGGAAUCCAAACGGACUGGGCGGAGCUACGGCGGCUAAGCCCCGCCCCCUCCAUCCACUCUGAGGCUUUGACUCAAAAGCUAUUAUUUUUAUUUCUCUCCUUUUUUCAAGUUCUGUAUUAAUAUUAUUGAUAUAAUGUUAUUAUGAUGGUUUUUUUGGGACCUAAAUAAAAAAUGUAAUAAAGUGUA